UAUUUGCCAAUCCGAUGCGCGACAGAAGCCCUCGCUGUCACACGAAAUGGAAUCAUAGACGGUAUGAAUGUAUUGAUAACUCGCUCGCGGGUGUAAAUCCGGUGUUUGCUUUUGUUUAUAUUGAUCUGGACGUGAGGCACUUCUAUUUGUUCGCUCUGUUUGGGAGACAACUGCUCGACAAUUAUUGUCUUACCUUUGGAAUUCCGGGCGAUUUUGAGGAGGCGCAGUCCGCCAGAAAUUACGCACGGGACAACAUGAUUUUGAAACAUUUGGAUUUUCUCUUGGUUCUACGAUACUUUAUUCAUUUGGUCGCACUAGAGGUUGCAGCUGAGAAAGCUCUCCCUGAGCCGCUCAACCUGUCAUUGACGUGGGAGUCUGAAUUCCGUAUAAAGCUGUCGUGGAACGCACCAACUGAUUUAGAUGCAUCAUGCAAGGUGAACUACAUGAUCACUACAACGAUCGGAGAGGAGAAGCCCAUAUUAAUGUCAACUUUCAGCUUGUAUAAAGAGUACAAUGUCACUACGAAUGAUGCAGUGAAUUACACAGUGAAAACAAACCCCAAACACUGUACAGGCAGAAGCAUAAGCAAACCUGUCAGCAUCUCUACACCUAAACCCACAGAGUUGGUGAAGAACUUCCAGUGUUCCCUCUACUCCUCUAAGGCCAUGAACUGCAGCUGGCUCCCAGCCAAUCAGGCCUCAGACCUCCAGCUCUACUAUGGGUACCUUGGUCCCUCCCACAUAGCAGCAUGCAGUGAGUACCAGUACAGAGAUGGUCAGAGGUCAGGAUGUCACCUGAGAGGAUCCUUCCUUCAAUAUGACGUCUACUUCAAGGUCAAUGGGACUCUCGAUGGCUUAUCUGUACAGAAUAACUUCCUGGUGCUUCCUAGAAAUCAUGUCAAGGCCCCGGCCCCUAAGGUGAAGAUAACAGAGACAGGAAGGAAUCUCAUCAUGAGCUGGGACCCUCCGGACAUAGGCGCUGUCCACUGCUGGAAGUACAUCUUGAACUACAGCAAGUGUCAACUGCUCGUGGAUAGUAAAGAAAUCAAAUUGAAACAUGUGAUGGUUUCAUAUGACGAGACAUGCCAGUACAGAGUCAAGCUUAAAGCAGUCUAUACGAAAUGGUGUGGAGAGGGAGGCAGCGACUGGAGCGAAGAGGAAAUCUAUGGUGUGGAUGAUUGGUCGAUGACUGUGUUUGCUGUCGUCAUUCCAGCUGUAGUCUUCUUAUUCCUCAUCCUUUUAAUUUGUUGUUUUAUGAAGCACAGAGAGAAGGUUUUCCCCACGAUUCCACAUCCCUCACUGGUUUUCAAGGACAUGCUGAACAGCAAUAAGGGACUGAAGAGCUCCAUAGGCAAUCUCUAUGUCCCGGAUGAGGAGGAGGUGGAAUGUAAGAUCAGCCUAGAGAAAGAUUAUACUCUUCCCAUGAUGCAACCUGAUCACUGAGAGACUACACACUGACCCAGUAGUGAUUACUACUGUACAGACAGAUACAGCAACAACCUGACCCGGUAUGACCUGGGAGCCAAGUGACUUCAGUGUCAUUGACCGGCCCUCAAAGUAAGCUAUCUUAAGGUGGACCCUAACUGUACUGCUGAAGAGUGUCAGGAGUUGGAGCUCCACAGUCGAUGGACGACCUUAACGGGUUGGAUACAGACUGAGAGUAUGUGGACUAUGGACUAUGGAGACGCCUUUUCUUUUGUUUGUCCUGGAACUGUCAGGACUUAUCAACUCACUGACUCCUGUAUUGUUCUGGAUUGCGCGCGUGCGUGUGUGUGUGUGUGUGUGUGUGUGCGUGCGUGUGUGUGUGUGUGUGUGUGUGCGUGCGUGUGUAGGCAGAUACUAAGAACUGUUCUCAUGUACCCUUUGCAACCCAAGGCUUGGGGUCUUAGGUCAAAUGUCAGAGGUUAUCAGAAAGCCAGUGCAGGAAACGAGGAGGGGCUGGACUCCUAAACCUCACUCCCCGACCAAAUAGGACAUUGGUGGCAGUGCCUGAAGAGAUGCGCAGGCAGCACCACAGUCUUUAUCUGACUGAUCAACCUGGUUGAUCAUGUAAUUAUUUAGGGGACAAAGAGGUACUUGAAGCUGUGAACCUCUGUGAAAUGAGUGCACUACCUGUGCCAUAAAAGGCCAGACCUCUGGGCAGGGACUUUAGGGCAUUGACAUACAGGUAGUUGUGUCCCAAAUCGCUCCCUAUUCACUACAUGUAUAGUGUGUUAAUUUUGUCCAGGGCCCAUAGGGCUCUGGUCAAAAGUAGUGCACUAUGUAGGGAACAGAGUGCCAUUUGAGAUGCAGAAUGCCUAUCAAGGGCUAUAUGCUGCUAAUGUGAGCUAGAUUGUUGUGACUCUAUUGUUAUCAACCUGCAUUGCUAUGUGUAAAUAGGUUGUGCAGGUGUAUCUAUAGUAUGUACAAAUGUUGGUGAAAUAUAUAUUUAGAGUUUUGUGUGUUAAGGAAAUGUUUUGUGCAACACGUAUUUUUAUUUAUUUGUUUUUUAAAAUUUCACAUGCUGUCUUAUGGAA